AUAGCUCCGAGGCUGUUUGCUGCGGUGCGGAGCCAUCACCACCUCUCCUCCUCCCGCUCCGUCUUCCGAUCCACCGAACCUGAACCAUCUGGGCAUAUCUCCGGGGGACGGAGCUCUCCUUAUGGGCUCACAAUGCGCAGGAUACGGGCCAACGCCAUCGCAAUUUUGACUGUAGCGUGGAUUCUGGGAACAUUCUAUUACCUGUGGCAGGACAAUAAGCCGCACUCAUCAUCCCCGUCCACGGCCUCGCAACCCCGCGUCGGGGGCAGCAGGAGCCAUGCCGGACGACUGGACAUCCACCGAGACGACAGUCACAGGACCAUUCCGCUGAUCGUAAGUGACAGGUUGAGAGGAGAGUAGCAGAGCUGGAUGAGAGAUAAGGGAAGAGCGACAGACUGCGCUGCGGCGCUCUCUCUCUGCUGGAAGGAAAGCGGCUGGCUGUGCUAUGUGCGGCUGCAGCUCGCCUCACACAGCACAGCCAGGGAGGGGGGGUGUGUGUUGCAUGUUGAUGUACGUUGGGUGAUCUGUGUUGUGGUGCACAGCUGGAGGUACUGUUCACCCACCUCCUCACUAAGCCUAUGCUGCCUGUAUGUAUUUGACGCAAAGAACCUGUGCGUCGACGCUGUGGGUCCAUUUCAUGUACUUAAUCAGAGCUCUAAAUACCCUAUGCUUUUCUGCUACCGUUGUUGCAUUAUUUGCACGUCCUUCGCUCUCGUCCAUUGCCCUUUGGUCGAAGGCUGCCACAGGACCUGAAUAACCCAUAAGAGGCUUUCCAUAAGACUCUGAAGGAUGAGGGAGAAAACCGAGAUAGCCCUGAGAGCCGAGCUGCCCGCAACUAACCGCCUUCUGGAGCGUAGAUACAGAACUGUUAUGACUGUGUUGUAGAACCUAGAGCAUAUUCUCUGCAAUAUAAACCGAGACCCAUUGAACAGUUUAGAUACCAAAAAAAUGGCAUAUGGGUGGGAGGACAAAUGUAGGUCUGUAGCCUUUAAAGACGGUUCGUGAACAGGGGAUGGAUGAUAUCUCUCUUCUUUCCCAUAUUGACGCCUCUAUUCCUUUGUCUUCAUGCGACAUAGUUUUUUUUUCUCAUGACAUCUUAACGCUCUGUGUGUCUAGGUGCAUGGAAAAAUCACUGCUAUACGUGGUCGACAUGCCUUUGCGAUUCUUGCCAAAGUUGAGUGGUAUUAAAUUGGCCAUGUAGCUGCAGGAUACCUGUAGGCCCGCCCAUGUAGCUGCAGGAUACCUGUAGGCCCGCCCAUGUAGCUGCAGGAUACCUGUAGGCCCGCCCAUGUAGCUGCAGGAUACCUGUAGGCCCGCCUGCACGGUUGGGGAGUGACAGAUUACAUCUAGAAAAUAACCUACCCCAACCCUACACACCUAGGCUAUUUUAGGAUUUUACUGUCAGGGAUGUUUCCGUAUAGUUUACUCAGGUUAAUGGCUAGUCGGCCCUUGGGUCUAUGACCUAUAGGAAAAUAAUGACAUGUUCUCUUCAGGACUAAUCAUCUAUUCUCUGCAUGUUCUACAGUUAGUGUUUGUUUCUCGUGACCCAAUCAGAGAGUCUUUAUAUUGCGGCCUAUAAUUCCUGACAGACAGUUUUAUCAUAACUAGAAAUGGAGCAUUACAUUUAUAGCAGGUCCUUGAUGGAGCUGUAAAACGAGUAAAGUUCGGGAAGAGUGCUCCAAGAAACGGAGGGAGAGUUUUUUUACUAGAUCAAUUAAAUCCAGUCAGCUGUGCUUCGUGGCUCCGCACAUUGGAAGAAAGACCCUCAUGCUGAUGUGGCCCCUAGUCCUCCCAAUGGCCCUCACACGUGCCAAUGUUUUUCAUUGUGACUGGAGAAAAUAUGAAGAGGUUGUUGAUGAAGGCCUAUACCACCGUAAGGUCAAUAGGCUACCCAAGCUGUACAAUAGACUUCAGUCUCCAGGUAGAGAGGUGCGAGUUUACCAGAUGAGGUCAACCAGCAAGCAAACACAUGGUGCCAUGUUCUGUGAUCUCAGUGUUUUGUAGACCUAACUGUAGUAAAAACAACAGCCCAAUCACAUCUACGUUUUCUGUUUUACAAUGAGUUGUGUGCAGAUGUGUGGAAGACAUCUUCUUAAAGCCACACUGUUAAUUGCACAUUCAGAGCACCAUCAAAGAGUGACUGGGCCCAUCAAUAAAAACAAUUGUAGGCCCAAACAGCCAUAUCCCAAGGUGCAUUACGGUUAGGUGCUUUCCAAGGUGCAUUCCAGGAUUUGUUCACAAGCAACUAUCCCUCUGGCUAUGGAUGGCUAGGACAAAUAGUCCUAACCUUAACCCCAACCGUAACUGUGACACCUAAUACCUAACCCACCCAACCCUAACACCUAAUACCUAACCCACCCAACCCUAACACCUAACCCACCCAACCCUAACACCUAACCCACCCACCCAACCCUAACACCUAAUACCUAACCCACCCAACCCUAACACCUAACCCACCCACCCAACCCCACCCAACACCAAUACCGAACCCACCCACCCACCCAACCCUGAACACCAUACCCAAACAACCCACCAACCCUAACACCUAACCCACCCAACCCUAACACCUAACCCACCCAACCCUAAUACCUAACCCACCCAACCCUAACACCCAACCCCACCCAACCCUAAUACUAACCCACCCAACCCUAAUACCUAACCCACCCAACCCUAACACCUAACCCACCCAACCCUAACACCUAACCCACCCAACCCUAAUACCUAACCCACCCAACCCUAACACCUAACCCACCCCACCCUAACACCCAACCCUAACACCUAACCCACCCAACCCUAACACCUAACCCACCCAACCCAAACCAACCCACCCACCCAACACCUAACCCACCCCACCCAACACCUAACCACCCACCCUAACCAACCCACCCACCCAUACCCUAACCCACCCAACCCUAAACCUAACCCACCCAACCCAAUACCUAACCCAGACCCACCCUACACCUAACCCACGCAACCCAACCCAACCCGAACACCUAACCCACCCACCCACCCAAUACCUAACCCACCCAACCCAACACCUAACCCCACCCAACCCUAAUACCUAACCCACCCCACCCUAACACCUAACCCACCCAACCCUAAUACCUAACCCACCCCACCCUACACCUAACCCACCCAACCAACACCAAACCAACCCCCCUAACCCUAAAACCAACCCACCCAACCCAACCCAACCCACCCAACCAAUCAGAUAACAACUACCAACCUAACCCUACCCCCCAACCCAACACCUAAACCACCCUAACCCCACCCAACCCUAAACACCAAACCACCCACCCAACCAACACCACACACCUAAACAACCCACCCAACCCACCCUAACCCACCCACCCAACCCUAACCCACCACACCAACCCACCCAACCCUAACACGAACCCACCCACCCUAAACCAACCCACCCAACCCUAACACCGAACCCACCCAACCCUAACCACCCACCCAACCCUGAACCCACAACCCUAACACCAACCCACCCACCUAACUAACAACCCACCCAACCCAAACCUAACCCACCCAACCCUAACACCUAACCCACCCAACCCUAACACCUAACCCCACCCAAACCAAACACCAACCCAACACCAACCCUAAACCUAACCCACCCAACCCUAACACCAACCCACCCAACCCUAAACCUAACCCACCCAACCCAACACCUAACCCACCCAACCCUAACACCUACACCCACCCAACCCUAACACAACCUAACCCACCCAACCCUAAACCUAACCCACCCAACCCAAACCUAACCCACCCACACCCUAAAACCCAACCCUAACCCACCCAACCCUAAACUAACCCCCCUAACCACACCCCCAACCCUAACACCUAACCCCCACCCAACACCUAACCCACCCAACCCAACCCUAACCCACCCAACCCUAAUACCUAACCCACCCAACCCCAACACCUAACCCACCCAACCCAACACCUAACCCACCCAACCCGAACACCUAACCCACCCACCCAACCUAAACCAACCCACCCAACCCUAAACCUAACCCACCCAACCCUAACACCAACCACCCCAACCCUAACACCUAACCCACCCACCCUACACCUAACCCACCCACCCUAAACCUAACCCACCCAACCCAACACCUAACCCACCCACCCUAACACCUAAACCCACCCCCAACCCUAACACCUAAACCAACCCACCCAACCCUAAACCAACCCACCCACCCAAACCUAACCCACCCAACCCAACACCAACCCACCCAACCCAAGACCUAACCCCCCAACCCAACACCUACCCACCCACCCAACACCUAACCCACCCAACCCAACACCAACCCACCCAACCCUAAUACCUAACCACCCAACCCAAACCAACCCACCCAACCCAACACCAACCCACCCACCCUAACUACCCAACCCACCAACCCCAACAACCAACCCACCCCACCCAACACCUAACCCCCCAACCCUAAUACCUAACCCACCCACCCUAAACCUAACCCCCCAACCCAAACCUAACCCACCCAACCCUAACACCUAACCCCACCCAACCCUAACACCACACCCCCAUCCAACCCACCCAACCCUACACCACCCCCCCAACCCAACACCUAACCCACCCAACCCUAAUACCUAACCCACCCAACCCUAACACCAACCCCACCCAACCCAACACCUACACCUAACCCACCCACCCAACACCUAACCCACCCAACCCUAACCCUAACCCCACCCAACCCUAACACCUAACCCACCCAACCCUAACACACCCUACCCACCCAACCCAAACCAACCCACCUCAACCCAAACCUAACCCACCCCACCCUAAUACCUAAACACCUAACCCUAAACCUAACAACCCAACCCUAACACCUAACCCACCCAACCCUAACACCUAACCCACCCAACCCUAACCGUGAGCAUUCCAUUAGUGUGUCUACAAUAUAGAAUGGAACACCAGCUUGCUGCACUCCAUGCUCUCUCUUUGUGGUUCCAUGGAAACAGGGUGCCCUUGACAACCAGGGUUCCUGACAUCAUUCAUGAUGACUUAUGUCUUGGCCCAGUCAUGAGUCCCUGUGUGUAACCUAGGAUACAGUACGAUAAGGAAUUAGACCAACUGUCACUGGUUAGUGUGUGUUCCUUCCUUCCAAACAACUCAACUUUCGUUUAAUUUGUCCACAGAAUAUUUUGCCAGUAGUGCUGUGGAACAUCCAGGUGCUCUUUUGCGAACUUCAGACGUGCAGCAAUGUUUUUUUUUUUGGGACAGCAGUGGCUUCUUCCGUGGUGUCCUCCCAUGAACACCAUUCUUGUUUAGUGUUUUACGUAUCGUAGACUCGUCAACAGAGAUGUUAGCGUGUUCCUGAGAUUUCUGUAAGUCUUUAGCUGGCACUCUAGGAUUCUUCUUAACCUCGUUGAGCGUUCUGCGCUGUGCUCUUGCAGUCAUCUCUGCAGGACGGCCACUCCUAGGGAGAGUAGCAACAGUGUUGAACUUUCUCCAUUUAUAGACCAUUUGUCUUACCGUGGACUGAUGAACAUCAAGGUUUUUAGAGAUACUUUUGUAACCCUUUCCAGCUUUAUGCAAGUCAACAAUUCUUAAUCUUAGGUCUUCUGAGAUCUAUUUUGUUCGAGGCUUGGUUCACAUCAGGCAAUGCUUCUUGUGAAUAGCGAACUCACAUUUUGUGAGUGUUUUUAUAAGGCAAGGCAGCUCUAACCAACAUCUCCAAUCUCGUCUCAUUGAUUGGCUCCAGGUUAGCUGACUCCUGACUCCAAUUAGCUUUCGGAGAAGUCAUUAGCCUAUGGGGGUUCACACACUUUCCCAACCUACACUGUGAAUGUUUAAAUGAUGUAUUCAAUAUAGACAAGAAAAAUACAAUAAUUUGUGUGUUAUUAGUUUAAGCACACUGUGUUUGUCUGUUGUUGUGACUUAGAUGAAGAUCAGAUCACAUUUUAUGACCAAUUUCUGCAGAAAUCCAGGUAAUUCCGAAGGGUUCACAUACCUUUUCUUGCCACUGUAUGUCGUUGCUUCAAGUAGUGUAUUUACUGUAUUUUAUGUAUUGCCUUGGAAUCAACUUCAAUUCCAACGUUAGUCCAUUUAUAGUUUGUUAAAUGUCUUACAGAAACGAAAUAUGACGAAAAAUGUAGACCUAUCUUUCCUAAAUAUGUUAACUUGAAUCCAUUUGCAGUCCACAUUGUUCUAACGUAAUUGCAUGGCUUCAAUAGACUUCACACUGAUAUAGGGGCUAGGCCUACUGUAAAUUGCAUUAUGGCUGAGCAUGGACAUGCCAAACAUUGUCAAUAACCAAUAUUAAAUUAAUUAUCCUAGUUCUAAAAAGAGAACAAAUAAUUAUAAUCAAAUUCUAAACAAAACGAAACAACAACUUGUUUUCAAUAGGCUACGUCACACUUACAGGCAGCAUCAUUUCUCCCCGUGGGCAUAUAAUAUUAAAACAACGCAGACUAUGGAGGGUUUUACGCAGACUAUGGAGGGUUUUACGCACAUCCAAACUUUUCACAGUAGCUGGACAAAAGAGCCAAUAUAAACAGGAAGGGAGAAUGUCCACUCACCGUUCUACUGCUCCUAAACAGGCCUGUGUUUUAUCAACAAUAAUCGGAACACAUUUUACAGAUCAGAUCGCAUUCACACGUCUCCAGAAGUUGUAUUGCACGCGCGCCACGGACGUUGUCACCAGAAAACCAGGAAGGUGAAUCAUUCUAAUAGAUUCUGGUUGUAAUAAAAUGAAAUGAAAAACAACAAUAAAAUCGCCAGGAUAAAGACAUGCAUUGCUGUUGAACCAGCCUUCUCUAUAGCAGGCCUAAGGGAGGGCUUGGGUUUUGAAGAUAUAAAAUGGAAAACAAGGAAUUUGUACAGGUUACAGAUAAGUUCUAAAUAUGAGGUUCGCCGGUAUUCACCGAGGUUCUCGUCUAAUAAUAAUAUGCCAUAUAUCCAAAGCGACUUACAGUCAUGUGUGCAUACAUUUUUACGUAUGGGUGGUCCCGGGGAUCGAACCCACUAUGCUCUACCAAUUGAGCUACAGAGGACCACAUGAUGGACGUGGACACGUAGCCUACAUCAUGCAGGGGUUUUUACACACGUCCAAAAUCACGUGGGCCUGCCUACAAUACUUCGAUAAAAAGGGAAUCUCAGCUCACUGUUCAACUCCUCUCAAACUUGAUAUUUUCAUAAAGCUUUGGUGAUUCAUAUUUAUUUCCAAGCGGUCUCAGGAGUCACAUCCUUUGUCGACAGUCUUGACUACUUCGAGAUUGCAUUGGGCAGACAAAAAAAGCCUUAAUUGACAGAAGGGGAGGCUAUGCUUGGUUUUUAUCAGAUAAAACUAAAUGGGAAGUAUACAGGCACCAAAAGCACGUUAGGCUACUCUUGUUCCAUGCGCAUAUGGGCAGUGUGCGUCAAGACUUGAUAGGCUGUGUCUCCACUGUCAAAAUUCAUGCCAUAACCAAUUGCGUUACCGCUAAAAGCAGCUUUUCGUUGGCCUUAUAUCCCCAUCAGCGCUGCCGGAAAUUAGCACUUUGGGUCAUGUUUUUAAGGACAAACCUCAAAUAUUUCAAACCCUCCCAUCUGAGCGCAAGCGACCUGAUAUAAGACAGGUAAAUUGCCCGAAACCUGGCGUUAGGGCUGGAAAAUUAUUUCCUCCCUCCCUCCCUCCCUCUCUUCCUCCUUCUUUCUAUAAUUUCCUUUAGUAGCCAUGGUAUUAAAUUAGAUUCAGUGAUGUAAUCAUAACAGUACUGUAAUGUAAUGUAAUUUGAGUUUUGUUUGCAUCACUACAUUAUAUUUACUUUUCCAUGAGCUCAACCCCCCCCCCUUCUCUUCCCUGUUGUAUUGAGCUCAACCCCCCCCUUCUCUUCCCUGCUGUAUUGAGCUCAACCCCCCCCCUCUUCCAUGCUGUAUUGAGCACCCCCCCCUCCUCUUCCAUGCUGUAUUGAUCUCAACCCCCCCCCUCCUCUGCCAUGCUGUAUUGAUCUCAACCCCCCCCCUCCUCUUCCAUGCUGUAUUGAUCUCAACCCCCCCCUCCUCUUCCAUGCUGUAUUGAUCUCAACCCCCCCCCUCCUCUUCCAUGCUGUAUUGAUCUCAACCCCCCUCCUCUUCCAUGCUGUAUUGAUCUCAACCCCCCCCUCCUCUUCCAUGCUGUAUUGAUCUCAACCCCCCCCUCCUCUUCCAUGCUGUAUUGAUCUCAACCCCCCCCCCCCUCCCACGCUGUAUUGAGCUCAACCCCCCCCCCCCCGCCAUUUCCAAGCUGUAUUGAGCCCAACCCCCCCCUCCUCUUCCCUGCUGUAUUGAGCUCAACCCCCCCCCUCCUCUUCCAUGCUGUAUUGAGCUCAACCCCCCCUCCUCUUCCAUGCUGUAUGAGCUCAAUCUUUCUCCUCCUCUUCCAUGCUGUAUUGAGCUCAACCCCCCCCCCCUCUUCCAUGCUGUAUUGAGCUCAACCCCCCCUCCUCUUCCAUGCUGUAUUGAGUUCAACCCCCCCCCCCCUCCUCUUCCAUGCUGUAUUGAGCUCAACCCCCACUCCUCUUCCAUGCUGUAUUGAUCUCAACCCCCCUCCUCUUCCCUGCUGUAUUGAUCUCACCCCCCCCCCCUCCUCUUCCAUGCUGUAUUGAUCUCAACCCCCCCUCCUCUUCCAUGCUGUAUUGAUCUCACCCCCCCCUCCUCUUCCAUGCUGUAUUGAUCUCAACCCCCCUCCUCUUCCCUGCUGUAUUGAUCUCAACCCCCCUCCCCCCCUUCCAUGCUGUAUUGAGCUCAACCCCCCCCCUUCCAUGCUGUUUUGAGCUCAACCCCCCCUCCUCUUCCAUGCUGUAUUGAUCUCAACCCCCCCUCUUCCAUGCUGUAUUGAUCUCCCCCCCCCCCUCUUCCAUGCUGUAUUGAUCUCACCCCCCCCCCUUCCAUGCUGUAUUGAGCUCAACCCCCCCCUCCUCUUCCAUGCUGUAUUGAGUUCAACCCCCCUCCUCCUCUUCCAUGCUGUAUUGAGCUCAACCUCUCCCCCUCCUCUUCCAUGCUGUAUUGAGCUCAACCCCCCCUCCUCUUCCAUUCUGUAUUGAGCUCAACCUCUCCCCUCCUCUUCCAUGCUGUAUUGAGCUCAACCCCCCCCUCCUCUUCCCUGCUGUAUUGAGCUCAACCUCUCCCCUCCUCUUCCAUGCUGUAUUGAGCUCAACCUCUCCCCUCCUCUUCCAUGCUGUAUUGAGCUCAACCCCCCCCUCCUCUUCCAUGCUGUAUUGAGCUCAACCUCCCCCCUCCUCUUCCCUGCUGUAUUGAGCUCAACCUCUCCCCUCCUCUUCCAUGCUAUAUUGAGCUCAACCCCCCCUCCUCUUCCAUGCUGUAUUGAGCUCAACCCCCCCCCCCUCCUCUUCCCUGCUGUAUUGAGCUCAACCUCUCCCCUCCUCUUCCAUGCUGUAUUGAGCUCAACCCCCCCCCUCCUCUUCCAUUCUGUAUUGAGCUCAACCCCCCCCUCCUCUUCCAUGCUGUAUUGAGUUCAACCCCCCCCCCUCCUCUUCCAUGCUGUAUUGAGCUCAACCCCUCCCCCUCUUCCAUGCUGUAUUGAUCUCAACCCCCCCCCCUCCUCUUCCAUGCUGUAUUGAGUUCAACCCCCCCCCUCCUCUUCCAUGCUGUAUUGAGCUCAACCCCCCCUCCUCUUCCAUGCUGUAUUGAGCUCAACCCCCCCUCCUCUUCCAUGCUGUAUUGAUCUCAACCCCCCCUCCUCUUCCAUGCUGUAUUGAGCUCAAUCCCCCCCCUCCUCUUCCAUGCUGUAUUGAGUUCAACCCCCCCCCCCCGCCUCUUCCACGCUGUAUUGAGCUCAAUCCCCCCCCCUCCUCUUCCACGCUGUAUUGAGCUCAACCCCCCCUCCUCUUCCAUGCUGUAUUGAGUUCAACCCCCCCCUCCUCUUCCAUGCUGUAUUGAUCUCAACCCCCCCCUCCUCUUCCAUGCUGUAUUGAUCUCAACCCCCCCCCCCUCUUCCAUGCUGUAUUGAGCUCAACCCCCCCCUCCUCUUCCAUGCUGUAUUGAGUUCAACCCCCCCCCCCCCCUCCUCUUCCACGCUGUAUUGAGCUCAAUCCCCCCCCUCCUCUUCCAUGCUGUAUGGCACCCUCUUAGCACAACUUUGUGCAUGUGUGUGUGGUUUUGCGAGCCAUCCGGUUGCUAGAUGUGGCAGUGUCACUUCAUGAUAGGCUAAAUAUGUUAUCUGAGAAUGCAGUGAGUCUCAGACCGUUGAAAUGAGGUCAUAAGAGCCCUGCUUGUAAUUGGGUUUGAUGGCCAAUUAUGUCUCCAGAUCCCCCAAGGUAGUCACAACCAUGAGACCAAGCUUAAUAUAGAUCAGUAUAAUAAAGCAGGCCUAUUUAACAUCAUAAUAAAGCAAGCCUAAUUAACAUCAUAGUGCAACUGCACACAAAGUUGAAAUGUCAAUAAACAUAAGUCCAUUACCAACUACAUGUAACAAAGGAAAACAGAUAAAUGGCUGGUUGGCUUGGCCAUUAGCGGCUGAAAUCCCACACAAACAAAACAGAGGUGAGGACCAACUUGCCCGCUUAAAUACCUGACCAUAGAGUUAGACAGAGGGCACUCCUGCCAUCUGUAAUCACGUGACCACAGAGGUGGGUAGAGAGCGAUCACUAAUCAGGGAAUUCUGUACAUUUACGGUUCUUAGUAAUAGCAGUGAGUGUGUCUGUCUGUGGAGACAGUAAAUUAACCAUUCUUCCUGUUUAAAUGUGCCUAAUCUACUAAUCUGGCCAUAAAUCUGAUAUUUUAGAUCAGACACUUCUGUAUAUCUAUGAGACCCUGUAGACAUCACAUAUAUUGAGUUCCACCUUCUAAUGGAAGCCGAAGGUCAUAUUUAAUUCACUGGAUUAGGAUUGGAAGUGCUUUCCGCAGCUUCUGAAAGGCGGAGUCCCAAAUGCCCCCCUGUUCCCCUACACAGUGCACUACCUUUGACCGGAGCCCUAUGGGUCCUGUUCAAAAGUAGUGUACUAUAUAGGGAACAGGGGGUCAUUUGGGACUCAGGUUCUGUCCGUUUGUUGUCUUCUCCUGAGAAAUGGAAAGUGAGGUCAUGAUUGUGCCUGAGAGAGAACUGGAUGGGAGUUAAUCUAAGCGAGUUCUAUUCUCUAGGUGUGUGCGUGUGUGUGUGUGUGUGUGUGUGUGUGUGAGCGUGUGUGUGUGUGUGUGUGUGUGUGUGUGUGUGUGUGUGUGUGUGUGUGUGUGAGCAUGUGUGUGAGCGUGUGUGCGCUAAGCUUUAAGCCUCUCCCCUGACAGACCAUUAAUAACACAGAACUGAAGAAUGCAGUUCUCUCUGUUCUCUUUCCAUUCCUCCUCUAUUCUAUCCUCUUUCCCUCAGACAACAUCUCCCCCCUCCUUCAAAUAUUCAUAUUCACAUUCACCUGUAUCAUCCUUCCACUCCUCUCUUCCACUUUAUUUUCCUCUCAGCCUCUCUCUCCUACACCUCCUCUGUCUCUCUCCACCACCUCCUCUGUGUCCUCUGUCUCACUCCUACACCUCCUCUGUGUCCUCUGUCUCACUCCUACACCUCCUCUGUCUCACUCCUACACCUCCUCUGUGUCCUCUGUCUCACUCCUACACCUCCUCUGUGUCCUCUGUCUCUCUCCUACACCUCCUCUAUGUCCUCUGUCUCACUCCUACACCUCCUCUGUGUCCUCUGUCUCACUCCUACACCUCCUAUGUGUCCUCUGUCUCUCUCCUACACCUCCUCUGUGUCCUCUGUCUCACUCCUACACCUCCUCUAUGUCCUCUGUCUCUCUCCACCACCUCCUCUGUUUCCUCCGUCUAACUCCUACACCUCCUCUGUGUCCUCUGUCUCUCUCCACCACCUCCUCUGUGUCCUCUGUCUCUCUCCUACACCUCCUCUGUGUCCUCUGUCUCACUCCUACACCUCCUCUGUGUCCUCUGUCUCUCUCCUACACCUCCUCUGUGUCCUCUGUCUCACUCCUACACCUCCUCUGUUUCCUCUGUCUCUCUCCUACACCUCCUCUGUGUCCUCUGUCUCACUCCUACACCUCCUCUGUGUCCUCUGUCUCACUCCUACACCUCCUCUGUGUCCUCUGUCUCACUCCUACACCUCCUCUGUGUCCUCUGUCUCUCUCCUACACCUCCUCUGUGUCCUCUGUCUCACUCCUACACCUCCUCUGUGUCCUCUGUCUCUCUCCUACACCUCCUCUGUGUCCUCUGUCUCUCUCCUACACCUCCUCUGUGUCCUCUGUCUCACUCCUACACCUCCUCUGUGUCCUCUGUCUCACUCCUACACCUCCUCUGUGUCCUCUGUCUCACUCCAACACCUCCUCUGUGUCCUCUGUCUCUCUCCUACACCUCCUCUAUGUCCUCUGUCUCUCUCCUACACCUCCUCUAUGUCCUCUGUCUCACUCCUACACCUCCUCUGUGUCCUCUGUCUCACUCCUACACCUCCUCUGUUUCCUCUGUCUCACUCCUACACCUCCUCUGUUUCGUCUGUCUCACUCCUACACCUCCUCUGUGUCCUCUGUCUCACUCCUACACCUCCUCUGUUUUUCUCUGUCUCACUCCUACACCUCCUCUGUUUCGUCUGUCUCACUCCUACACCUCCUCUGUUUCCUCUGUCUCACUCCUACACCUCCUCUGUGUCCUCUGUCUCACUCCUACACCUCCUCUGUCUCACUCCUACACCUCCUCUGUCUCACUCCUACACCUCCUCUGUGUCCUCUGUCUCACUCCUACACCUCCUCUGUCUCACUCCUACACCGCCUCUGUGUCCUCUGUCUCACUCCUACACCUCCUCUGUUUCGUCUGUCUCACUCCUACACCUCCUCUGUGUCCUCUGUCUCACUCCUACACCUCCUCUGUUUCGUCUGUCUCACUCCUACACCUCCUCUGUGUCCUCUGUCUCACUCCUACACCUCCUCUGUGUCCUCUGUCUCUCUCCUACACCUCCUCUGUGUCCCCUGUCUCACUCCUACACCUCCUCUGUGUCCUCUGUCUCUCUCCUACACCUCCUCUGUUUUUCUCUGUCUCACUCCUACACCUCCUCUGUGUCCUCUGUCUCUCUCCUACACCUCCUCUGUUUUUCUCUGUCUCUCUCCUACACCUCCUCUGUGUCCUCUGUCUCUCUCCUACACCUCCUCUGUGUCCUCUGUCUCACUCCUACACCUCCUCUGUGUCCUCUGUCUCACUCCUACACCUCCUCUGUUUCGUCUGUCUCUCUCCUACACCUCCUCUGUGUCCUCUGUCUCACUCCUACACCUCCCCUGUGUCCUCUGUCUCUCUCCUACACCUCCUCUGUGUCCUCUGUCUCACUCCACCACCUCCUCUGUGUCCUCUGUCUCUCUCCUACACCUCCUCUGUGUCCUCUGUCUCUCUCCUACACCUCCUCUGUGUCCUCUGUCUCACUCCUACACCUCCUCUGUGUCCUCUGUCUCACUCCUACACCUCCUCUGUGUCCUCUGUCUCACUCCUACACCUCCUCUGUCUCUCUCCUACACCUCCUCUGUGUCCUCUGUCUCACUCCACCACCUCCCCUGUGUCCUCUGUCUCACUCCACCACCUCCUCUGUGUCCUCUGUCUCACUCCUACACCUCCUCUGUGUCCUCUGUCUCACUCCUACACCUCCUCUGUGUCCUCUGUCUCUCUCCUACAUCUCCUCUGUGUCCUCUGUCUCACUCCACCACCUCCCCUGUGUCCUCUGUCUCACUCCACCACCUCCUCUGUGUCCUCUGUCUCACUCCUACACCUCCUCUGUUUUUCUCUGUCUCUCUCUAUCCUCUGUGUCCUCUGUGGUCCUCUGUAGCUCAGCUGGUAGAGCACGGCGCUUGUAACGCCAAGGUAGUGGGUUCGAUCCCUGGGACCACCCAUACACAAAAAAUGUAUGCACGCAUGACUGUAAGUCGCUUUGGAUAAAAGCGUCUGCUAAAUGGCAUAUUAUUAUUAUUAUUAUCAAUUACAUUCGAAUGGAAACACUCGUUAUGAUGAAAUAUCUGGGUUAAAAGGGUCCAGUUAGAGUGCAGUUCAUGCAGACAACAUUAGAGUCGUGCUAGAGACUGGGUGCUGGAGACUGGGUGCUAGAGACUGGGUGCUGGAGACUGGGUGCUGGAGACUGGGUGCUAGAGACUGGGUGCUAGAGACUGGGUGCUGGAGACUGGGUGCUGGAGACUGGGUGCUAGAGACUGGGUGCUAGAGACUGGGUGCUAGAGACUGGGUGCUGGAGACUGGGUGCUAGAGACUGGGUGCUAGAGACUGGGUGCUAGAGACUGGGUGCUGGAGACUGGGUGCUAGAGACUGGGUGCUAGAGACUGGGUGCUAGAGACUGGGUGCUGGAGACUGGGGUGCUAGAGACUGGGUGCUAGAGACUGGGUGCUAGAGACUGGGUGAUAGAGACUGGGUGCUGGAGACUGGGUGAUAGAGACUGGGUGAUAGAGACUGGGUGCUAGAGACUGGGUGCUAGAGACUGGGUGAUAGAGACUGGGUGCUAGAGACUGGGUGCUGGAGACUGGGUGCUGGAGACUGGGUGCUGGAGACUGGGUGCUGGAGACUGGGUGCUAGAGACUGGGUGCUGGAGACUGGGUGCUGGAGACUGGGUGCUAGAGACUGGGUGCUAGAGACUGGGUGCUAGAGACUGGGUGCUGGAGACUGGGUGCUAGAGACUGGGUGCUAGAGACUGGGUGCUAGAGACUGGGUGCUGGAGACUGGGUGCUGGAGACUGGGUGCUAGAGACUGGGUGCUAGAGACUGGGUGCUAGAGACUGGGUGCUGGAGACUGGGUGCUAGAGACUGGGUGCUAGAGACUGGGUGCUAGAGACUGGGUGCUAGAGACUGGGUGCUAGAGACUGGGUGCUGGAGACUGGGUGCUGGAGACUGGGUGCUAGAGACUGGGUGCUAGAGACUGGGUGCUGGAGACUGGGUGCUAGAGACUGGGUGCUAGAGACUGGGUGUCUCACACCUUUGAGGAUGAUGGAAAAUGUGACUGUGGAUUUUCAAACAGGGUUGACAACGUUACCAAACAUCUACAGUGUGAGAGAUGAGAGUUGACAUCAAUAAGAGUGAAACAUCUUCUAACCAGAGCCAUAUAUUUUCUAACUGGUAACCCAUCUUUCCUUCUCACCCCAGCUUCCUGUUUUUUUGACCCCUGACCUCUGUGUGCUGCAACGUCUAAACUCUAACUUCUGUGUGUUCUUCCCCCUGGAGAUGACCCAGUCCCCGUGGGCGGAGCAGCAGGGUCAGCUCAUAGGUGGUUUCGAUGAGAAGGCCUACCUGUUGGAGAAACAGCUCAAGGCGGGAGACGACCCCUACAGAGACCACGCCUUCAACCUGGCUGAGAGCGACCGACUCGGCUCCGAACGGGCCAUCAGAGACACACGGCACUACAGGUGUCUUAGUAGUUAUAAAAAGCAAACAUUGAUUAGGAUUUAUAGUGGUGUUGCUUUCAUGUGAAGGACGAACAGGACAAGAUGCACAGUAGCUGUGAAUACGUUACUAAAACAAUGUUACUAAAACAAUGUUACUAAAACAACGUUACUAAAACAACGUUACUAAAACAACGUUACUAAAACAAUGCUUCUUCUUAUUGUUUGUAGGUGUGCCUCCGUGAAUUAUGACGCUAACCUUCCUCCUACGAGCAUCAUCAUCACCUUCCACAAUGAAGCUCGCUCCACCCUGCUACGCACCAUCAAAAGGUAAGGAACCAUUGUAUGCCUUUCACAAUGAAGAAUUGACCCUCAAUAUAGUGUUUAAUGCUGCCCUUUCCCUCCGUCUCUCAGUGUCCUGAUGAGGAGCCCUCCCUCUCUGAUCCAGGAGAUCAUCCUGAUAGACGACUUCAGUACCGACCGUGAGUCUCUGCUUUUUCUCAGUUCUCCUCUUUAGAUAGUCUCCAGUCUUUACACGGCUCCCACCGUGAGGAUCUGGCUGUAAUCCGGCUCUCUGUGAGGUCCCUGUCUGUUCUCCUUCUUGGUGAGUCUCUUUACGUUGAGACAAGAUGUCCAGCGCUGAUUCUCUCUAGGUUGUCUCCACCUUCUGUGUGUUGACCUGUCAGAAAAACACAGAAUGAUAUGACCUCACUCAGAACACUAUCUAUAUCACUCACUGUGUGAUCACACACACACACACACACACACACACACACACACACACACACACACACACACACACACACACAUAGACAGAGACACAUACUGAGGUGUCGGAGCUGGCCCAGUUUCCUAACAGGAGGUUUAAGCAGCAGCUGAAGCAGCAGUAUAGUGGUAACAGCAGUAUAGUGGUAACAGCAGCAGUAUAGUGGUAACAGCAGUAUAGUGGUAACAGCAGUAUAGUGGUAACAGCAGCAGUAUAGUGGUAACAGCAGUAGUAUAAUGGUAACAGCAGUAUAGUGGUAACAGCAGUAUAGUGGUAACAGCAGUAUAGUGGUAACAGCAGCAGUAUAGUGGUAACAGCAGUAGUAUAGUGGUAACAGUAGUAUAGUGGUAACAGCAGCAGUAUAGUGGUAACAGCAGCAGUAUAGUGGUAACAGCAGCAGUAUAGUGGUAACAGCAGUAUAGUGGUAACAGCAGCAGUAUAGUGGUAACAGCAGUAUAGUGGUAACAGCAGCAGUAUAGUGGUAACAGCAGUAUAGUGGUAACAGCAGCAGUAUAGUGGUAACAGCAAUAUAGUGGUAACAGCAGCAGUAUAGUGGUAACAGCAGUAUAGUGGUAACAGCAGCAGUAUAGUGGUAACAGCAGCAGUAUAGUUGUAACAGCAGCAGUAUAGUGGUAACAGCAGCAGUAUAGUGGUAACAGCAGUAUAGUGGUAACAGCAGCAGUAUAGUGGUAACAGCAGUAUAGUGGUAACAGCAGUAUAGUGGUAACAGCAGUAGUAUAGUGGUAACAGCAGUAUAGUGGUAACAGCAGCAGUAUAGUGGUAACAGCAGCAGUAUAGUGGUAACAGCAGCAGUAUAGUGGUAACAGCAGUAUAGUGGUAACAGCAGCAGUAUAGUGGUAACAGCAGCAGUAUAGUGGUAACAGCAGCAGUAUAGUGGUAACAGCAGCAGUAUAGUGGUAACAGCAGCAGUAUAGUGGUAACAGCAGCAGUAUAGUGGUAACAGCAGCAGUAUAGUGGUAACAGCAGCAGUUAUAGUGGUAACAGCAGUAUAGUGGUAAACGCAGCAGUAUAGUGGUAACAGCAGCAGUAUAGUGGUAACAGCAGCAGUAUAGUGGUAACAGCAGCAGUAUAGUGGUAACAGCAGCAGUAUAGUGGUAACAGCAGUAUAGUGGUAACAGCAGCAGUAUAGUGGUAACAGCAGCAGUAUAGUGGUAACAGCAGCAGUAUAGUGGUAACAGCCGCAGUAUAGUGGUAACAGCAGUAUAGUGGUAACAGCAGCAGUAUAGUGGUAACAGCAGCAGUAUAGUGGUAACAGCAGCAGUAUAGUGGUAACAGCAGCAGUAUAGUGGUAACAGCAGCAGUAUAGUGGGUAACAGCAGUAUAGUGGUAACAGCAGCAGUAUAGUGGUAACAGCAUCAGUAUAGUGGUAACAGCAGCAGUAUAGUGGUAACAGCAGCAGUAUAGUGGUAACAGCAGCAGUAUAGUGGUAACAGCAGCAGUAUAGUGGUAACAGCAGUAUAGUGGUAACAGCAGCAGUAUAGUGGUAACAGCAGUAUAGUGGUAACAGCAGCAGUAUAGUGGUAACAGCAGCAGUAUAGUGGUAACAGCAGCAGUAUAUUGGUAACAGCUGCAGUAUAGUGGUAACAGCAGUAUAGUGGUAACAGCAGCAGUAUAGUGGUAACAGCAGCAGUAUAGUGGUAACAGCAGUAUAUGUGGUAACAGCAGCAGUAUAGUGGUAACAGCAGUAUAUAGUGGUAACAGCAGUAUAGUGGUAACAGCAGUAUAGUGGUAACAGCAGCGGUAUAGUGGUAACAGCAGCAGUAUAGUGGUAACAGCAGCAGUAUAGUGGUAACAGCCGAAGUAUAAUGGUAACAGCCGCAGUAUAGUGGUAACAGCAGCAGUAUAGUGGUAACAGCAGCAGUAUAGUGGUAACAGCAGCAGUAUGAGUUGGUAACCAGCAGUAUAGUGGUAACAGCAGUAUAGUGGUAACAUGCAGCAGUAUAGUGGUAACAGCAGUAGUAUAAUGGUAACAGCAGUAUAGUGGUAACAGCAGUAUAGUGGUAACAGCAUAUAGUGGUAACAGCAGCAGUAUAGUGGUAACCAGCAGCAAGUUAAAUAAGUGGUAACAGCAGCAGUAAUUACAGUAUGUGGUAAACAAGACGCAGCAUAUAGUGGUAACAGCAGUAUAUUGGUAAACAGCAGUAUAGUGGUAACAGCAGCAGUAUAGUGGUACAGCAGUAUAGUGGUAACAGCAGCAGUAUAGUGGUAACAGCAGUAUAGUGGUAACAGCAGUAUAGUGGUAACAGCAGUAUAGUGGUAACGCAGCAUAUAGUGGUAAACAGCAGUAUAGUGGUAACAGCAUAUAGUGUUAACAGCAGUAUAGUGGUAACAGCAGCAGUAUAGUGGUAACAGCAUAUAGUGGUAACACAGCAGUAUAGUGGUAACAGCAAUGCAGUAAUAGUUACACAGCAGUAUAGUGUAACAGCAGUAUAGUGGUAACAGCAAAGUAUAGUGGUAACAGCAGCAGUAUAGUGGUAACAGCAGCAGUAUAGUGGUAACAGCAGCAGUAUAGUGGUAACAGCAGCAGUAUAGUGGUAACAGCAGUAUAGUGGUAACAGCAGUAUAGUGGUAACAGCAGCAGUAUAGUGGUAACAGCAGCAGUAUAGUGGUAACAGCAGUAUAGUGGUAACAGCAGCAGUAUAGUGGUAACAGCAGCAGUAUAGUGGUAACAAGCAAGUGUAAGUGGUAACAGCAGCAGUAUAGUGGUAACAGCAGCAGUAUAGUGGUAACAGCAGUAUAGUGGUAACAGCAGUAUAGUGGUAACAGCAGCAGUAUAGUGGUAACAGCAGUAUAGUGGUAACAGCAGCAUUAUAGUGGUAACAGCAGCAGUAUAGUGGUAACAGCAGUAUAUAAUGGUAACAGCAUAUAGUGGUAACAGCAAGUAUAGUGGUAACACAGCAGUAUAGUGGUAACAGCAGUAUAGUGGUAACAGUACAGUAUAGUGGUAACAGCAGCAGUAUAGUGGUAACGCAGCAGUAUAGUGGUAACAGCAGUAUAGUGGUAACAGCAGCAGUAUAGUGGUAACAGCAGUCAGUAUAGUGGUAACAGCAGCAGUAUAGUGGUACAAGUAGAUAUAGUGGGUAACAGCAGCAGUAUAGUGGUAACAGCAGCAGUAUAGUGGUUACAGCAGCAGUAUAGUGGUAACAGCAGCAGUAUAGUGGUAACAGCAGUAUAGUGGUAACAGCAGCAGUAUAUAGUGUAAAGCAGUUAACAGCAGCAGUAUAGUGGUAACAGCAGCAGUAUAGUGUAACAGCAGCAUAUAGUGGUAAACAGCAGUAUAGUGGUAACAGCAGCAGUAUAGUGGUAAACAGCUAGUAUAAUAUAGUGGGUAACAGCAGUAUAGUGGUAACAAAUCAUGAUUUUGUUUUAUUUUCCAACAUGAAGUUUAGGAGUCAGUGUUUGGGCCAGCCACCUCUAUAGAAACAGGUGUAUUAACAAGGAUUGGGUGCUACAGUGUAUUAAUUUAACAAUAUGUUUGUUAUUGCCUUGGAUUGAAUUAGAACAUAUCAUUAUGUAAAUACAUGUCCUAAAUUUGGAGACUUAACUGUUUUUUUAAAUAGUUUUUUUGGGGUUGGACAGCAAUUUACACCACUUCAGUAGAAUCACCCAUAUAGUGUCCUUCUAUGACCCUAGUGCACUAUAAAGGGAAUGAGGAGUCAUUUGGAACUCGCUCCAUGCCUGCAGACCAGGAAGCUCAGAGGAGGAUCAUCCUUUUAAUGCUAGCCUUAAUCACUACAGGACUGUUGCUUUAAUCACCAGAGAACUGCCCUUAAUCAAGGAAGCUGUUGCUGAUCGAGAUGAAAGGACCAUGUGACUCCACUAGACAGACAGACGGACGGACAGAUUGACGAGCGGGCAGGCAGGCAGGCAUACAGGCAGGCAGGCAUACAGACAGACAGACAGUCAGACAGACA